UGUUUGCCUUAGAAACGUAUCGAAACCUCACGUUUUUACGGAAUUUAAAAUAAUGAGAUCUUAGAACUUAUUAGUAUACCUCAAGCGUUUCUGCGUAAUUGCAGUUAACGCUUUAAAUAGACGUUAAUGACAUCAAACCGCCAGCUAAUAGUUUCGUUUCAGAUUAAUAAUAUACGCGAUGUUUGUCUUCCUACUAAAACCCAGCCGGAAAUUGCGCCCUGUAAUGAAAGUACACGUUCAAAACUGCAUAGCAAGUUCAGCUGCUGAAACACAUGAAUAAAUGAUCGUGUACCGCUAUUUACUCAAUUCAUAUCUUAUCAAUUUCUGGUGGAUUUUGGUGGUUUUGUUUCGGUUCGUGGCAAGCCGAGCAAUCCGUUGGACUGAUUUAAAACAACAAGGGCUGAAAAGUGAAGAAGAUUGCAGCGCCUGGUAGAGCCAUACACUCCAGGAUUUGUCAGUUUUGAACAGGUUUAUAUAAUUGUGCGUGGAUGAUUUGAGAUUAUUUACCAAUAUACUCUACAGAUAAUGCUGAACAAUAGUAUCAGUAUCACCAUGUAUCCUGUGUUGACCCUUAAUAGCUAUGCCAAUUCCACAACAACAACCGGCGACGACAACCGCGUUAUACAGUCUAUGAUUCCGGUUUUCGUGUUGAUCGCAGUGCUGGCGUUAUUCGGGAACUUACUCGUCGUAUUUCUGUUUAUACAAAACAGCGGAUGGCUGAAAAAGGCGCAUAGUAAUCUAAUUCUUGCGCUGGCGAUUACAGAUAUCCUGACGGCGAUUUGUGUGCUGUGCGUGCCUUUAUUCAUUCACGAAAACGACGUUUACACUGUUCCCAAGAACGGCUUGCUGAGAGAGCUUUAUUGUCGUAUUGUAUGGUCCCACUAUUUAGUAUUUUCGCUUGGCGUAACCUCGGUUUACCUGUGUCUAUCCCUAGCCAUUGAACGUUGGCUUGCCAUCAGAAGACCUCACUUUUACACGCAGCAUUUACAAUCAAAACGCGUAAUUGGCCUUUUGGUCGUAAUCCCAUGGCUAGCCGGCUUCGCGUUCGAGAGUUCUGCAAUAAUACGGACGACAGGCGUGAUUCUACGGGACGGCACGACCAGCUGCGAAUGGAAUCCGGACACGUCCGAAUGGGGAAUUCGCGUCGCAAUCGCCGUGAUCUCGUUUAGCGGCAUGAUUUUGAUACCCGGAGUAUUUGUGGUUUUGGCCUACAUACACAUCUUGCUCAAAGUCAAGGUGACUUAUAAACAGGACACCGUAAGGCAUCGAGGCAAAUGGAGGCGCGCUGAUAGCUUAGAUUUCAAGAGGGUGACCCUCAUGGCAGGGUUGGCAUCGAUUGUUUUGUUGAUUUGCUGGCUACCAGGUCAAUUUUACUUCAUGUUAUCCCAGAUGGGGUACGUCAAGGUUCAUGUGACGGCCCACCGCUGGUUAAAUGUCCUGGCUCUAUCAAGCUCGGCUUGGAAUCCUAUAAUAUACUCGUUCUCGAACUCACAGUACCGAAAAGGAUUUAAAAAAGAGCUGUCGAGAUUUCUGUGCCUGUGUAAGUUGUGGAGAAAAGGCUCUUAUAGCGUUAGACAGCACUCUGGGAAUGCUGCCGUUGCUAAGUCUGGAAAGGAAUUAGGCCACUCGCCUGGACUUGUAGGCACUUCGGUCUGAAGGCACAAUUUACAGGGUACUUGAAAUGA